UGUUUAUAUUUCGGUAGUUUUGACUGUUGGAAUGUGUGAAAAAAUGCAAAGUGAAUAAUGUAUAACCAUGUUAAAUAUCUGAAGCUCUUUCAGUAGAUGUUGUUUAAAGUGUUUUAGAUUUAUAUUGAAAACAUUUUUUUUUUAAAGGAAAUUAUCAAUUUAAAAUAAAUGUGUCGGUUUCCUUCGGAAAUUAGGAGAUAAGAUUAGACAGGGUGCCAGAAAAAAGUUCAGUAAGGAAAAUGCUUUUACAAGCAGCUACAGACUAAUAAAAAUUUCUUUUCUGCAAUCUGAUAAAAACAACAUAUGGAUGAUGAUAGAAUGAAGAGCCUGGGAGAAAAUGCUUGGAUUCCAGUUGAUAAAAGAUCUCCAUAAAAUGGGAACAUCUGAAAUACAUGUACAUGAUCCCUGAUGCUAUUUUAAAGUGAUAUUGGGUUUUAAAGUUAUCGUUGCACAUCGCAUGGGAAAACAUUUAAUGCAUGUAUUCUGAGCUGAGUUCUGAGAGAGAAAAAUGAAAGAUUAUUUAACAAAGAUUUAAUUGAAUAUUAAGUGAAUCAAAUGUUUGAUUGGAGUAUGUUUAAUCAGUGCUUUAAUUGAAGUUUUUGAAAUGUAUGGAAUUAUCAAGUUUUGAAAAUUGAUACUUGGUUAAUUAGAUAAAUAUUGGAAAGGAGUUUUAUGCUGUCAUUAGCAGAGGCAGAUUUUAAGUGGUUCAUUAAUUGAUUGACUAUCUGAUCAAUACGUUAUAUAAUUAGUUAACAAAUUUGAUAUGUUUCAACAAUGAAAAUGGAAAUAUUUUGAACAGAAUAGAUUAUUUUAGUUGAGAUUAUGUCAACUUAUGUCUGUUUUAUAAAAUGACACAGGAGUGUGGGAAAAACUUUCCUCUCAGGUCGGCUAUAUAAUUACAGACCUACAAAAUAGGUUAUUAAAUGGCCUUUUUGGAAUAUGAGAUAUUGUUGUACCAAGGAAGUUUUUUCUAAAAAAAAAUUGCUGGACCAGAAAUAUCUUAUUAUAAAUAGACUCGGCUAUAGGGAAAUAUAUUCUCAGAUGAAAGUUUCAAUCAAUAUUAUGACAUCAGUUAUAGAAGAAUAAAUAGGUGUCAUAAGGAUUUAUGGCUCACAAUUAAUUUUCCAUUGAUUAUGAAUACUCUUGAUUAUUAAAUAAAGUUGUAAGUGGAGUGCCACCAUAACAAAAGAAGUUAUUACACAAUUGCCAAAUAAAAAAUAUGAAUUGCUGCACUGUUAGUGAAUGUUCAGAAUAAGUUAUUUCACAAUUAUUGAAUAACUGGAAUACAUAAUUUAUUAAUUAUACAAUUACUGAAGCAAAGGAGUUGAUUUUUUACACAAUUAAGUAAGUUAUUGCCACAAGUUAGGAUUUAUCAGAAGAUAAGAAAAUAACCAGAAUAAGUUAUUACACAAUAAGUGAAUAAAGACAUAUAUAGUUGUGAAUGAAUAUUAGUUCAUGAUGAUUGAUGUGAUGAAUGAUAAUAUGUAUGCCACAAUACAUGAUAUGGAGGAUGAGGAUCCAUAUACCACACCUUAUGGUGAAAUACCAAUUUGCCAGGCAAGGGCAAAUGUCAUGACAUACGAUGACAUGAACCGGAAAUGGAUACCAAGCGGAUCAUCACCUGGUCUCUCCAAAGUUCAGAUCUACCGACAUACAGUUAACAAUUUAUUCAGGGUGGUGGGACGUAAACUAAAAGACCAUGAGGUGGUGAUCAAUUGUGCCAUUUUAAAGAAUCUGAAAUAUAAUCAGGCCACGCCCACAUUUCACCAGUGGAGAGACAGUCGUCAUGUAUAUGGUCUCAACUUUGCAAACAAAGAAGAUUCAGAAAUAUUUGCCAAUGCCAUGCUUGCAGCAUUAGACACACUGAACAAUCAAGGGAGACAAAUGGCUGCCCCAGCAGCGCCCGCCAACCCUCCUCCCAGUCAUCCUCCAGCUGGGUACCAGCAACAGUUUACAGCACCACCACCACAACAACAGAAUGGACCACAACAACAAAUAACUGAAGAUAAUAGGUCUUCAAGACCCGACUUUCAGACUCACAUACGUCACCCAUCUGGUGGAGCACCAGCUCCCUAUGCUGCCCCACAAAAUCAGCAACCAGAACAUGUGAUUGCUCCACCACAGCCGCCUCAACCUCCAGCCCCACCAGCUGCCCCGCCCGCUCCCCCUGCAGCACCCCCAGCACCUCCUGCCCCACCAUCAGCCCCUGCUGCCCCACCAGCACCUCCUGUACCAGGGGCACCGCCUGCCCCACCCCCGCCAUCUGUAGGGGGUGGAGCUCCUCCUGCCCCACCACCGCCACCAGUAGGAGGAAGCAGCCCAUCUGAAGAUGGUGGAGGGGCACCACAGGGGCUUGCUGCAGCUUUGCAAGCAGCAAAAUUGAAGAAAUUGAAAAAAGUAGAGACUGAUGGAGAGGUAGGAAGUGUUGGUUCAAAUACGAGUAACAAACCACCUAUAGGAGGGGGACCAAUGGACCACAUGAAUGAAUUACAAAGAAAAAUUAUGUUAAGAGCAACCAAAGCAACACAAGAGGACACUUCGCCAAGAAAUGUAAGCCCCUCACCGACACCCCCAGUACAGACGGCGACAACUAGACCAUGGGAAAAACCAGCUAAUGGUAACAAAAUUACAAAUGGAACAGGAUCACCAAAACUAGCUAGAAGUGAAGAUUCUAAUGCUUCCAAAAAAUGGCGCACAUUACCAAGUCGAGUUAAACGUAAUCCAUCUCUAACAGGACAGGAACAUAUAGGAGGAUCAGCGGGUGGUGCAACAGAGGCCAGUGCAAUCAGUAACAGUGAACUAGAAGCUUUAAAACAAGAAAUACUGACAGAAAUGAGAAAAGAAAUGAAUAAAAUGAAACAAGAAUUAUUAGAAGCAAUACGGGAUUCUGCAAGAUAGGAACCUAGACUAGUAGAAUUUCAGUUAUGAUCUUAAUAUCAUUGUCACAUGGGAACAUGUUAUGUUCUUGGAAGAUUACUGGCAGUGUAGCUCACCAUUACACUAUGUUGUUUAAACAAAGACAUCAGAAGUCUUCCAAAUGAAGGUGAAAUUUCAAAAUUCACCAAUCAAAUUUCAGAUUACUUCCUUGCUUACCCGAUCAGAAUUAUACCAUAUCAGAAGCUGAUGAUACCUGGUGCAAAUGUUGAAUUAUUUUAUCAUUUGAUACAAGAUAAAAGACGAUUAUAUAAUGAUUAUAUAUAGUAUUCAUUGUGCAUGAAUGUUGAGAGUUAAAUGCAGCAUUGUGUUAGCCUGUUAUGUUUGUUAACAGGGUAAUGGCCGUGUUGCAUGAAACUCUACAGGAGAAAUGUGCAACAUUAUUCUUGCUCAUCAUUUAAAUUACACAGUUCUUUUAGUUAAUCUUUAAUGUUACGAUUUUUGAUUAUGCAUUUGAGGGCCUUUAUGAAUUAUAAUUAUAGUGUUAACUUAAAACAAUCGUUUUUAAACAUUUAAGUGUAUAUUGAAUGUUAAGAUAAAUGUGUUGUUUUUUGAAUGGUAGUUAUUGAGUUUACAGUGAAAUGUCAGUUCUGACCAAAAAUUACAUGCCGAAAAAUGUAGAUAUUUGCAUGCUAUGACAAGUAUUUCAUACAAGAGUAUCCGGUUAAGAUUAUGUUAUUGUCUACUAUUAUGAUUGAUACAAGUCGAUGUAAGGACGUGCUCAAAGUAUCAGUAUAUGCUAGACAUCUGCUUGACUGUAUAACCUCUUUCACUUUAUUGAUUAAAUUAUUGUUUUCAUGCCAAUUAAUUUUCCUUCUUGAUAUAUUGAGGAUUUAUUGAUGUGUUAGUUAAUGUUAGUUUAUGAUCUCUUAAUGUGCUCGAUUUAACAUGUAGAAUCCUCUUAAGUUUGAAAUGAAAUACACAAAUAUAUGAAAAUUGAUCUUACAGUCAUAUUUUGUUGAAAAAAUAUGAUUAUGUAAUUGUUUUAUUGAAUAUUGAUAUGAUGUCAUUUCCUCAAAUGGUUUGCUAGAUUAAUUAAAGGUGCAGACAACAUUUUAUCUACAUUCUUUGAAUUAUAUAAAAUCAAAAUUUAGCCUUUGAAGGAAAAAAAGUUCAUAUAACAGAAUUUCUAAAAUAAGUGACAUUAAACAUGUUUAGACCUGCUCUAGUGGAGAAUGAAUUUGACAGUGUGGACAACUUACAAGCUGUAUAUUAAACUAAAUGUCAGGUGUGCAUGUGUUUUGCUCAUUGGUAUGUUUACCUUUUACAAUAUAUAAUAAUUUUCUAAGGUAUUCAUUAUUGUUUUUGUCUUUAUAUCUUUUUUUUCUCAAUACACAUUUUUGUUUAUGUUAAAUAUUAUCUUACAUGAUUUGCCAUAUUAUUUCAUCAUCUGUUGUGGUGAGAUCAUCAUUUCCAUUACAUUUAUUUGUAGGAAUGUUAGUGCUGUUUAUACAAAUGUGCAAUUCUAUGUGUGUAUGUUUAAUUGAUUCAAAUGUACCGAUUUUCAUGCAAAAUUUACACCCCCAUCUUAUAAAAGUUCUGUGUUAUAGUUAAUAAAUGCAGAAAUUUGACAUAAAGGAUGUGAAAUAUUGUACAAAAUCAACCUGAUAGUUGUUUAAAACAUGAUAAAAGGUCUUGCACACAAAAAAUACAGAUGAUAAUCUGUGUCUAUGAUAAAUGUUCCUGGUAUCUUUUUUCUUUUUUUCACAAUUAAACGAUAUGUUUAUAAUUAAUAUCAUUUUGUUCUUUUCACCUUUAUUUCCAUCUCAUUUUAUAAAAAAAAAUGAAACAUAAAGGUGUGGAAUUUCAAGUCUUUCAUUUUCUGAUAUAGAUGCAAAUUGUUUGAACAUUAAAAUUUUGAUAUUUUAAGAAGAGUAUUGUGCCCUUUAUAUACUGGGUAUUUUUGUCAGCACUUUGUUCAUUAAAAGCUAAGUUGUAAUAAUUGUAUACACUGCAUCAUCAUUUAUUUGUAUUUUUUAACAGCCAAUUUCCAUACAGCAUGUCAUUUUUCAUUUAAGCCAAUACCAAAAUAUCAGCUUAGAUUUUUUAAUGCAAAUGUGAGAAUUCCAAGAAAAUUCUAUAGUAUGAAAAGCUUUGCAGGAAUGAAUGGAUAUUUUUAUCCAAAUGUGUGUUGUUGUGUUGAAAAAUUGCAUUCUAAAUGAACAAGAUUUGAGUGUUUUUCAGUGAGUCAGCUAAAGUGGAUUGGUCUACAAUGGGCACAUUUUCCAUAUGAGCCGCGCCAUGACAAAACCAACGUAAUGCGUUUGCGACCAGCAUGGAUCCAGACCAGCCUGCGCAUCCAUACAGUCUGAUCAGGAUCCAUGCUGUUCGCUUAGAAACCCUAUAACAAGUAGAGAAACUGAUAGCAAACAGCAUGGAUCCUGAUCAGUCUGCGCGGAUGCGCAGGCUGGUCUGGAUCCAUGCUGGUCGCAAACUCAUUAUGUUGGUUUUGUCAUGACACGGCUCAUAUGUAUUUCAAAUAUUGAUUAAACACAAUAGAAAUGUAUCAUUUGGAUAUUCUUAUAAAAUGCUGCUGUAAAAAAUGCGGCUUAAAUUUUUUGUGAUUUUGAAUGAACAUUUAUAUGAUGAAUAAUAAUAUUUUGUUCUAGAACAUGCUAUAUCUGCUAUAUAACAGAUAAUACAUAACUCACACUUUCAAAAAAAAAUGUAAGUAGUAAAUGUUGAAAACAUAAGAAAAAUUUUGUUUUUUGGGGACUUUUUUGCGAGAAAGAUUAAAAAUAGAUUUACAGUUUUUCUUCCCUCAUCUGGUUAGUGACUUUGUGGUGUUAUUCUAAACAUGUCUUAUCAAUAACAAAACAAUUCCAAUAGCUUACUUUUGAAAAAAAGAAGUGCACUUGUGAAUUUCUUUUUACAUUCUUACCAAAUAUUAUCAAAAAAUGUGUCUAUUGUACAUAAUUCAAUUUUUGUACAGCCUUUUUAAAAGGCUGACUAGCUUUCUAUCUAUAGUAGUUUAUAAAUCUCUAAGCUUUAGAUUUUUCCUUAACUUACAAAAAAAAUGAUGUCAUGUUGAAAACUGAUUCAUUUUUAGCUCGACUAUUCGCAGAAUAAUCGAGCUAAUGCAGUCACCCAUUUGUCGGCGUCGGCGUCGGCGUCCCUGUGGUUAAGUUUUUGUAUGUAAGCUGGUAUCUCCUUAACUACUGAAGGGAAUGGAUUGAAACUUCACACACUUGUUCUCUGUGAUUAUCUAAGAUGAUUGGCACAAGUCCCAUAACUCUGAUUUGCUUUUUUACAUAAUUAUGCCCCUUUUUCGACUUAGAAAUUCUUGGUUAAGUUUUUGUAUGUAAGCUGGUAUCUCCAUAACUACUGAAGGGAAUGGAUUGAAACUUCACACACUUGUUCUCUGUGAUUAUCUAAGAUGAUUGGCACAAGUCCCAUAACUCUGAUUUGCUUUUUUACAUAAUUAUGCCCCUUUUUCGACUUAGAAAAUUCUUGGUUAAGUUUUUUGUAUGUAAGCUGGUAUCUCCAUAACUACUGAAGGGAAUGGAUUGAAACUUCACACACUUGUUCUCUGUGAUUAUCUAAGAUGAUUGGCACAAGUCCCAUAACUCUGAUUUGCUUUUUUACAUAAUUAUGCCCCUUUUUCGACUUAGAAAUUCUUGGUUAAGUUUUUGUAUGUAAGCUGGUAUUUCCAUAACUACUGAAGGGAAUGGAUUGAAACUUCACACACUUGUUCUCUGUGAUUAUCUAAGAUGAUUGGCACAAGUCCCAUAACUCUGAUUUGCUCUUUUACAUAAUUAUGCCCCUUUUUCGACUUUGAAAUUCUUGGUUAAGUUUUUGCGUGUAAGCUGGUAUCUCCAUAAGUACUGAAGGGAAUGGAUUGAAACUUCACACACUUGUUCUAUGUGAUUAUCUAAAAUGAUUGGCACAAGUCCCAUAACUCUGGUUUGCUUUUUUACAUAAUUAUGCCCCUUUUUCGACUUAGAAAUUCUUGGUUAAGUUUUUGCGUGUAAGCUGGUAUCUCCAUAACUACUGAAGGGAAUGUAUUGAAACUGCACACACUUGUUGUUUGUGAUUAUCUAAGAUGAUUGGCACAAGUCCCAUAACUCUGAUUGCUUUUGUGCAUAAUUAUGCCCCUUUUUCGACUUAGAAAUUCUAGGUUAAAUUUUUGCUUGUAAGCUGGCAUCUCCAUAACUACUGAAGGGUUUGUACCUUUUCGGACAAUUUUAUGUAUUCAUAUAGGUAAGCAUUAUUAUACUCAAUGAAACACCCUUGUGAUGAAUUUUCGAAUAGUCGAGCGUUACUGUCCUCCGACAGUUCUUGUUCCAUAUGUUGACAUUAAUGUGUAGAUAAUUUCAUUUUAAUUCAUGGCAUUGUGUAUAGCUCAUACUGUUUCUAAAUGUUUUUUGGUUUAUUUUUUUUAUCUUUUUUUUUUAUUUGCUUACUUCAUUGAACAAACUUUCUAGAGGUAAAUUAGUACUUGUAGAAAAUAAAUCUACAUAUUUAUUUUGACAAAUAUGUAGUAUAAUGUAUUAUCUGAUUAUUUGGUUAAAAAACUGAUAACAAGUAUGUAUCAGUAUUUAAAAAAAAAUGGGGCAAAUUUGAUAUUAUACCAUAAUAGACGUAGUUAAAAUGUGGGAAACUAUUUCUUGAGAAGUUUGUAUGAACAAAUAUAUUUAAAUACAUAUACAAUGUAUAUGAUGUAUGUUUCAGUAUAAAGUUAAAGUUUCAGACAUUUUUAUUUAACCAGAAUGUUAGCUGAAGUAUAUAUUGACCUUAUCUCAUUGUGUAUGGUCGUAGUAUAGAAAAGAUUUUUUUAUCAUAUUAAAUUUAGCAGUAAUACUUCAUAGGAAAAAAGCUUUUAUUGAUGAUAAAAUAUUGCAAAGUUGGACCAGGCAAAAUAAACAUUUUCAAACAGGAAGGGAUAUUUAUUGGUUAUAUGCAAAAACAUUAGGAGAUAACACUUCAAGUUACACAUAAAUAAUAUUUAUUAAUAGGAAGUUUCUUUAAAGAAAAAAAAAGUAUAAAUUACAAUUACAUUCUAACCUCAGAAAUCAUAUCUGAUAAUUCUGUUUAUAUUCGUGUGUUAUCCAAGUUUUCCUGAUUAUAACGAUAUGGUUGAUUUUUUGAAUAUAAUAUUAUCAGAAUUGCUGAUGAAAUAACUGAUAUAAAGUACAGUAAGGGAAUGAGAAAUAAAAAAAUAUAAAAAAAGUUUUAAGUAAAGGUACAUCUGGGUUUUGAUGUCACUGUUUUAUUUAUACUAUGAAAAUUUGAUUGAGCAUUUAAUGACAAAAAAAAUCAUUACUGUGGUAGGUCUUGUGUAGGAAUAUCCCUGUGAGAAUUGAAUAGCUAAUAUAUCUAGCUUUAGUUUUUGAAAUGGAGAAGAAAUUAAAUAUUGAAAUAUAUAUUUGUAGUUGUGCCUCUAGGUUUACUUUUAUGGCAUAUUUUGCUCAUUAUUUUGUAGCAUUCCUUUUGUGUUCAGUAAUAAUUUUAUGUAUACAGUAUUGAUUGAUGAAAUGAUCUAUUUUAUGUUUGUGCUAAUGAUACAAUGGAAAGUGUACAUGUUAUUUUUUGUUUAUUUUUGUUUAAAUCUUAUAUUAAGAUUAUACAUUUGAGAAGGUUUCAUCAUUUGGGACAGAUGGAGCUGUUUGUUUUUUUUAUCUCCCAUCAUAUGAUCUAUAUUCUAGUUGGAAUAUGUCUUUAUUAGUUUAGAUCUAAAACAGGAGAUACAGAAAUGAGGGCCUAAGCAUAAUCUCAAUGACCCAUUUAACCCAUAGAAUGUGACAGAAGAUGAUUGAAUAGUUUUUUCAUCAUGGCUUUAUUAAUAUAUCUGUGUUAUCAUAUACGCUAUUUGGCACAUAACACCUAUUUAGAUUGUAUGCUGAUGUAAGCUGCCAAGUUUAGAUUUAAGUUGAUUAUUUAUGUUCACAUUCUUUAUUUGUUAUCUUUUGUUAACUUUGAACUUAAUUAUUGAUUAUAUUUUUUUGUGUUGAUUUAUCCAUUGUAUAGUUUGUUUAAUACAUUGACAAACAAUCCAAAAUACAAAUACAGUAAAAUCUCUACAGUAUGGUACUUUUAACUGAAGUGAAUAGGGACAUAGGCUUAUUGUUCUUAUAGGCCCAGUUUGUAUUUCUGUACAGGCAUAUCCGACUGUACACUGUGUGGUUCCAGAAUUUGAUAAUGAAAUCCCUUACAUCAGUUCUUUUAAAGGUUGGUUAUAUGUUUCAAGAACAAUUGCAUUUGAUCAAAUGUAAAAAUAUCUGUGAAGGAUUCCAUGCAAGACAAGGAAAGAGAUGUAAAAUUCUGAUAAAAUAGUCCAAUUUUCAAGGUUAGAAAAUUCAGAAUUGUUAUAAUUUAAGCUGAAUCUUAUAAAAAAAAUUCCUAUGAUGAUGAAUCGUAGGAUAUAUCUAAUUAAUGCAGACACCCCGUUUAUAUAAAUAAUGCAUGAUUGUUUUAUAUGAUUUGUCUAAUAUUGAAGGGUUUAUUAUUAAGAUUAAUGGUUAAGGUAGAAUUAUUUAGCUUUCAAUCACUUAUCAUAUAUAGCAUAUACAGCUGUUAAAACUAUUCAAGAAUUAAAAUAUUGUCACAGAAUACGUACAUAAUAUGUGAGCAUAAAUAUUAUAUAUAAAUAUAAUAUAUAUUAUUAUCUUUACAGCUUUCAAAAUUUGAAUUGAAUUCGAUUUUGGCAGCUUAUGGCAUUUUCAUAUAUGAAUUUCAUUUUGUUGUGUAUAACUACAUAAUAAGUAUAUUUCAGUUGCAUUUUGAAAUUGUUUAGAAAUGUUUAAUUUGUGUUAACCCAUGCUGGUGGUGGCAAAGUCUACCCAUGUGACCAGGGCAGACAGAGAUCAGCUGGCACAUCUGAGCCAUCUGAUUAUUGUCUGUACAGUUUGCUAUUCAAUCAGUAGUUUUAUUGAUUUUUUUUUCUAAAAAAGAUGGAUGUGGAUGUCCAGAGAGAAAGAAGGUAAAGUCCAUUUAAGAUAUUUAGCUGGGUCAGGGUUACUGAAGCUAAGAAGGAGUUAAAUAUAAAGACAUGAUGCCUAAUUAUUUUGACAUGAUUUGGUUUGACCCAUCUGUUAUACUGUUUUUAGAAGACAUUGCCUAUUAAAAAAUUUCUUUGUGCCACUUUGACAAGUUUGAAAGUUGGGACUAUUUGACAGGUUACUAAAAGUUACAGGUUAUAAUCUUAUGCUGUAUUAUUAUAUAAUAAUUUAACUUUGCAAUAUUGUAAUAUUAAUAUGUAAAUAAUAUUUAAUUGAUAAUCAUUCUUGUGAACAGCAUUUACUAUAUCUGUCCGCAUGCCAAAAGAAUGUGUGCAGUACCGAAUGAACAACAAAUACAUGCACAUAUUAUAUGGUAAAACUAACUGUACCAAGCAGAUAAGACCAUUGUAUUCCUUAUCUUACAUUGAGGAGUUUUAUAAGUAAUGAAAUACACAGUAAAUGAUGUUUAAGAUAAAAACAUUAUGUACUUAAUAGACUUUUUUUCUAUAGUUGUACAAAUGAACUGUAGAUUAUAAUGCUUUGCCAUUUAUUUUAAUCGUCUGUAAUAUUGUAUAAUAAACUCUUAAUUUUAUAUGAA